AUGGGCGUUCCAUAUUCAAAAUCUACAAAUCGCCGGAAACUUAACAACAAAUUUAAAGGAAAGAAUGAUAAGAAUGAUCGAAAUUACAAGAAUGAGAUGGAAAAAAUAACAAUUGAUUCUUUGUCUUCUGCCGGGUUAAAUUCUCCCCGAUCUAUAGAAAGAUUUCUAAGUGUGACUUAUCCAUAUUUUCAUGAUGAAUUAGAAGCUAUUAAAAUGGAAAGACAAAAUGUGUUAUACAAAGAAAUGUGGCAAGGAAAUUUUUGCGCUCCAGUAGCUGAAAUUUUAGAAACAGGAGGACAUGUUCUUGAUCUAGGCUGCGGACCAGGCGCAUAUAUUGUUGACUGUGCGAAGGAUUAUCCAUUAUCAACUUUCAUGGGAAUAGAUAUAUCGCCCAUGUUUAAUAUUAUAAGGAGUCCACCAAAUGUUGGAUUUAUGGAAUAUAAUUUAUUGGAAGGAAUACCGUUUCCCAAUUUUACAUUUGAUUAUGUUCACCAAAGGCUGUUAGCAUUGGCAUACACGGAAGAACAAUGGGAAGACGCGAUUGAAGAGAUCGUUAGAGUGUGUAAGCCUGGUGGUUGGAUUGAGUUAUUAGAACCUGAUUUUAUAAUAAAUAAUGCUGGACCCAUAACGAAAUUAUAUUUUGAUGAAUUUAGAUCAUGUAUGAAUUCACGAGGAAUCAACACAUGUAUGGCAAGUCGACUACCAAAACUUUUAGAAACAACAAAUCAAAUAAGCGAAAUAUUUGUUUUAGAAAAGCAGCUUCCAAUAGGAAAUUAUGAUUUAGAAUUUGGAGCAGAGGGAGCAAUAACGGUUAUAGAUGUAAUUAACUCAACGAGAACAAUAAUGAAAGACCUUCUCAAAUUGAAUGAUGACGAGUAUUCCGAAAUGAUACAGAAUAUUGCUGCAGAAGCAAGAUGUCCUCAAUAUAAAAUGAGCAUGAAUUUUAUAAGAAUUUAUGGAAUGAAGACUAAAACAUCGUUAUCUAAUUAUUCUGAUUCUUCCUCAGAAUCCUAUAUUCAUAUAUUAUAG